GUUCUGGUUUUCUGGAUGGCAGCAGAGGACAGGGAGAUGAUGGAAGCCCGGGGUGCGGGAGAAAGUUGCCUGACCUUCCCCAAGAUGGUGCCUGGUGACUCCAAGUCUGAAGGGAAGCCAAGGGCUUGUCUGGAGGCAGAGUCCCAGAAGCCAGACUCCUCCUAUGACUACUUGGAAGAGAAGGAAGCUUGUGAGGAUGGAGGCUGCCAAGGGCCGCUUAAAACCCUGUCCCCCAAGUCCUGCCCUGCCACCAAAGGCCAGGCGGGCGAUGGACCCAAAUCCGCAGAGCUGCCCCCCACCCCUGGCACUGAGCGCAAUCCCGAGAUGGAGCUGGAGAAGGUGCGCAUGGAGUUCGAGCUCACGCGGCUCAAGUACCUGCACGAGGAGAACGAGCGGCAGCGGCAGCACGAGGUGGUGAUGGAGCAGCUGCAGCGGGAGCGGCAGCACAAGGUGGUGAUGGAGCAGCUGCAGCAAGAGGCGGCGCCCCGCCUGUUUUCAGGAGGCCUCCAGAACUUCCUGCUGCCCCAGAACCAGUUUGCCAUGUGCCUCUACUGCUUCAUCUUCAUUCACAUCAUCUAUGUCACCAAGGAGAUGGUCUUCUUUCUCUUUGCCAAGCACUACCUGUUCUGCAUCGCGGCCAUUUUGCUCUGUUUGAUUAAAAGUUUCUGGUCAUACUUCCAAGUGCCUUUGCUCUCUCCAUCACUGGGAACCCCUCGCCCCUGCCAUGCCGGUAGUGUUAUCCGUGCAUGA